AUGAAGUCCAGCCCCGCAAAGAAAGCUACUCAAAAACGCUCAGCAAGUAAACGAAAGAAGAGUGAUGACGACAGUGAUACAACUCCAAAGGCAUCCUCAAAGAGGAAAAAGACUGAAAACCCAUCCAAGGAGCAGUCCUUGACUCCUUCAAAAUCUGCAUCAAAAGAGAAACCAGGAAAAAGAGGCGGAAAAGGGAAAGACAAUACCAAGAAACCCAGUGAUGAAGAGUUGAAAAAUGCAAUUCUUGAUAUCUUGAAAGGGGUGGAUUUUAGCACGGCCACAUUCACUGAUAUCCUCAAGCGACUAGCUGCAAAGUUCGACAUCGAUCUCACCUCAAAAAAGUCAUCUAUAAAGCUGAUGAUCCAAGAUGAGCUCACUAAGAUAGCAGAAGCUGAUGAUGAGGAAAGAGAUGAAGAGGAUCCUGAGAAAGAGGAAGCCGGAGGAUCCGUUGGUGGAGAGGUUAAAGCCUGA